AUGGCUACCCCAACCAAAAAGUGGGAUGAUCGAGCAAACUCCCAUUUGUUUCUGUCAAUAGUUGAGGUUCUUGACCUCAGCUUCACCAAGGAGAAUAAGGAUGCCAUCGCAAACAUGAUGAAUGAGCGUUAUGGUCACGAUGUCAACUGGAACGGAAUUCGCGCUUGGACCAAUGCGGUCCACACAGACAUCAUGAUGGCAAUGUACGAGGUGUUGCAACCAGACAAAGAUCAUUUUACAGAGAUCAUCAAAAACUUGCACGCGAAGGGUCGCAGAUUCUCUGCUACUGCCGUCAAGCAUGCUUUCCUUCUACGAAGGCUGUUGUUAUCUUUCUCCUCGCUAGCUCUGUUUUCCUGCCUAUCACGUGUUCUCCUAGCAAUACCACCACUAUCAUAA